AUGAAGUGCGCCACCAUCCUCAGUGCGCUGGGGCUCCUGGCCGCGGCCUCGGCCGUCAAGGUGAACCCACUUCCCGCCCCCCGCAACAUCACUUGGGGCUCGUCCGGUCCGAUCCCAAUUAAGCAGGUCACCCUGCGCACCUCCGGCCACAAUAGCGCCGUGGUCUCCAGCGCCUGGGACCGAGCGUGGUCCGCCAUCGUUGACCUCCAAUGGGUGCCCGCCGCAAUCGAGGCCCCCAUCCCGACCUUCCAGCCCUUCCCGACCACGCCAGCCAACAAGAAGCGCAACUCGGCUGCAACGACCAUCCGCACGGUCCAGCUCUCCGUCGUCGACGGGGAUGCGGAUCUGCAGCAUGGCGUGGACGAGUCGUACACCCUGGAGGUGACGGCAGGAUCCGGCACUGUCAAGAUCACCUCCCAGACUGUCUGGGGCGCACUUCACGCGUUUACCACUCUGCAGCAGCUGAUCAUCUCCGACGGUCAUGGCGGUCUGAUCAUCGAACAGCCCGUCAAGAUCCAGGAUGCUCCCUUAUAUCCUUAUCGUGGUGUCAUGGUCGAUACCGGUCGGAACUAUAUCACCGUGCCCAAGAUCCUCGAGCAGAUUGACGGCCUGGCCCUGUCCAAGCUCAAUGUCCUGCACUGGCACUUGGACGAUACUCAAUCCUGGCCCAUCCAGAUUCGAUCGUACCCGCAGAUGACCAAGGAUGCCUACUCGAGCCGCGAGAUCUAUACCGAGGCCGAUAUCCGCCAGAUCAUUGCCUAUGCCCGCGCCCGUGGUGUGCGCGUCAUCCCCGAGGUCGAUAUGCCCAGUCAUUCCUCCUCGGGUUGGAAGCAGGUCGACCCAAAUGUCGUGACCUGCGUCAACUCCUGGUGGUCCAACGACAACUGGCCCCUGCAUACCGCCGUCGAGCCGAACCCGGGUCAACUGGAUAUCAUCUACAACGGGACCUACGAGGUGGUGGGCAACGUAUACAAGGACCUAUCAGCCAUCUUCACCGAUAACUGGUUCCAUGUCGGCGGCGACGAACUCCAAUCCGGCUGCUUCAACUUCAGCACAUACAUCACAGAGUGGUUCGCCGAGGACCCUUCCCGCACCUACAACGACCUCUCCCAAUACUGGCUCGACCAUGCCUUGCCCAUCUUCCGCGGCACCGGCGGCCCCAAGCGUCGCCUAAUGAUGUGGGAAGACAUUUUUAUCAACACCCUCGCCGCCCACGACGUCCCCAAGGACAUCGUCCUGCAAUCUUGGAACAAUGGCCUCACAAACAUCAAAAACCUCACCGCCAGCGGCUACGACGUGGUCGUUUCCUCAUCCGACUUCCUCUACCUGGACUGCGGCUUCGCGGGCUUCGUCACCAACGACCCCCGCUACGACGUCAUGACCAACCCCGACGGCGACGUAACCUUCAACUUCGGCGGCAACGGCGGCUCCUGGUGCGCGCCGUACAAAUCCUGGCAACGUAUCUACGACUUCGACUUUACCGACAACCUCACCGCGUCCGAGGCCAAGCACGUCCUCGGCGCCGAGGCGCCCCUGUGGUCCGAGCAGGUCGACGAUGUCACCAUCUCCAGCAAGAUGUGGCCCCGUGCCGCGGCGCUGGGCGAACUGCUCUGGUCGGGCAAUCGUGAUGCCAACGGCCAAAAGCGUACUACCCAGCUUACGCAGCGCCUGCUGAAUUUCAGGGAGUAUCUCGUCGCGAAUGGUGUCAUGGCUACUAAUCUAGUGCCAAAGUAUUGUCUGCAGCACCCGCAUGCUUGUGAUUUAUACUAUGACCAGACUGCAGUUUCUCCCUAG